AUGGCCACAUCGCAGUGUCCAUCCUUGCCCAACGAACUCUGGACCCAGAUUCUUGAGAACCUUCGUGCGGAUGAAGACUUGCCAACACUUUGGAAGAGCUGCCGAAAUGUUAGCACAAUCUUCAGAGACGCUGCAGAAUCCAUUUUCAGAGAGCAGCAUCUUCCGAAGACCAAUAUCUAUUUCUUCCUAGGCGAAUUCCUGGCAGAUAACAGUGACGAGGAAGACCACGAAGAACGGCUCGAAAUUCGGCACCUAGUGGCAGACUUUAACUUCUCCUCACUCUCCGAAGACAGAGCCACCGCUACUUUUACUGUCGAUACCGACGAGCUUCCCGAGAAUCUACAUCCAAGAGUGAGAAAGCGGCUACGCGAGUAUGUAAACAAUAUGAAUAUCGAAGUGCCCCGGCAUACUGUUCAGAUCCGACGAGAUGUCAACGAUGGGCCAAUACCGGGAUGGACGAUGGAUUAUGACAAGUUGGAACUGAGCUGCGACUGGCGAGAGUUAUUCGGGGCAUUCUACAGCGAGGAAUACCUAUACCACAAGUUCACAGCGAAGGCUCUUACGGACAGAGCAUUGUGGCUGACAGAGCUCAAGUCAAAGGUUGACCGGGGAGAGCUUGAUCCUAUGAAAGUAAUGACACAGGCCCUCACAGCCUUUGCAGACGAUUCCAAAGAUUGCAGGAAGCUGGCGCGUAGGGUUCGGAUUGGUUGGCAGUUCAAGAAGCAUGACGGAACAGAGUGGGAUUUUGGAAGAGAUGGUGAUGAAGCAGAAGAGAAGAGGUGUCUGGCCGAGCUUCAGAAAUUCAGGCACUUUUCCUCGUUGGAAGAGUUCAGUGACGAUGAUAGUGAGGAGGGCGAUGAAGAGGAAGAUGACAAGUCGGACGAUAAUGAAGAAGACGAAUGGGAAGACACCGACACCGACGGAGAUAAUUGA